GCUCCUCACUCCUAAGCGCGAGCUGAAGCGGACCGGGAGCGAGCAGCGCGUCGCCAUGCCAGCGUGACGGGCGCCCCCCGGCUGCCCGCGCGGGCCCCCACGCUGCCCCACGCCGCGCCGCGCCGGCGCCGGGGAGCAGGAUGGGCUGUAUCCAAAGCAUCACCUGCAAGGCGCGGAUCCGGCGCGAGAACAUCGUGGUGUACGAUGUGUGCGCCACCAUCGACCAGUGCCCCACGCGCAUCGAGGAGACCUCGCCCAUCGUCCUGCGCUACAAGACCCCCUACUUCAAAGCCUCUGCCCGCGUGGUCAUGCCCCCCAUCCCCCGCCACGAGACCUGGGUGGUGGGCUGGAUCCAGGCGUGCAACCAGAUGGAGUUCUUCAACACCUACAGCGACCUGGGCAUGUCAAGCUGGGAACUGCCUGACUUGAGGGAAGGGAGAGUAAAAGCCAUCAGUGACUCAGAUGGGGUGAGCUACCCUUGGUAUGGAAACACCACUGAAACUGUGACCCUGGUUGGCCCCACCAACAAGAUCUCCAGGUUCUCCGUCAGCAUGAAUGACAACUUCUACCCCAGUGUGACAUGGGCUGUACCAGUGAGUGACAGCAACGUACCACUGCUCACAAGAAUCAAGAGGGACCAAAGUUUCACUACCUGGUUGGUAGCCAUGAACACUACCACAAAGGAGAAAAUCAUUCUACAGACCAUCAAGUGGAGGAUGAGAGUAGACAUUGAGGUGGAUCCUCUUCAGUUAUUGGGGCAACGGGCCCGGCUGGUGGGCAGGACUCAGCAGGAGCAGCCUCGGAUUCUGAGCCGGAUGGAGCCCAUUCCCCCUAAUGCAUUAGUGAAACCCAAUGCCAACGAUGCCCAGGUCCUCAUGUGGAGGCCCAAGCGGGGGCCACCUCUGGUUGUGAUACCUCCUAAGUAGAAGCAGACUGGCCGACUGUGUGUGGAGCAUAUGCCACCGUGACACGCCUUGAGGUUGCCAGGGGUGGCAAGAGCCAAACUGAGUUUCUGAGCCAAAGCAGACCUCUUGGUUUGCCAGCCUUUGCAGCUACUUGUGAAAAGUAGAGCUGCUCCUUGGGUGGUAGAACCAUAAUCCUUAGGAAAAGCCCCUUCCUUUUAGGAAUAAAGAAAUCACUGAUUUGACAGACUUGCUGUGAUGACCAUGCAAGUAGCCAUAUUUCGGAGCUGACAAGGAUGAUUCUUUUAUUCGAACUAUUGACCAUUUCUUUCCUGUGAGACACAGGGGAUGGAAAUGAAACUAUACAGUGCCUGUGGCAAAUGCUGCUUCCCAACCAAUUAGAAGUGGGAGUGAAAACAUCCACACCAGGUGUUCAUAAGACAAUCAUGUUGUCUGCCUAGAGGGUGCUGGGGAAAUGGAUAGAAUGGAAGCCCAGUGGUAAAAGAUAACAGGUGAUAGGGAAAGGAAAGAUUCAUCAUCAGAUUGUCAGCACACUCACUGGGAUGAAAGGACCACUGAGAAUACUGGGGAAGUGGUAUUUGCUCCAUCCUGAGGGAGAAACCUAUUGGGAGCUGUCCAAGGUGCUGAUGUAAAGGUGGAGACUCCUUGGUUCCAUUCCAUUUACCCACUUUUCUUCCCCCAAAACAAUUGCCCAUCCAAUGCACUUUUGGUCAUAAUAUUUAGAGGUAUAGUUCCUGUGUUCUGUAGUAGCUAGGAUAUUUGGGUCUCUCACUAUGUUUUUUGUAACUCAAAUUGUCAUUUUUACAGCUUCUUAUUCUAUUCCCAUCACCAGUCCUAAAUUUACAAAUAAGAUUUAGAAGCCAUAAAGUCAUGUAGGGUUUCAGAAAACAUUUCAACAGAUAGGAACAAUAUUUUCAUUAUUUUUUGUCUCUGGAUAAUUUGAACAAUUAAGUUCCCAUGCACAUGCCUGCACACACAUACCAGGAUGGUAUCAUAACUAGCAUAUUUGCCAACAGUGCCUACAUCUGUACCUG